AUGAUGGUUCGACGAAAUGGACGGUUCGCUAAAACCAAUAAACCAGGCAAUCCAGGCCAAUUUGGAAAGAAACUAGAUAGCGUGAUAGCGAAUGAGGAUACAGAUGAAGACUAUGCUGCCGUAAAUGAUCAUGAUGCGAUGGACCGCAUCAUAAUCAAACUAAAUACAAAACCAACAAAAAGAUCGGGAGGACACAGUAUAAUCUUCGGGUUCACCAUUAUGAAAGGAGAAAUGCCUUUAGCCUGUAUUCUUAUUUUUGUUUCAGGUGUGUUCUGCCUGACAGGAGUCGUCGAUGCCGUCAAUCUUGGUAUGAAAUGUACCAAGUUCAAGACUCGAUGCGUGAAUCCACGUAAAAAUAUUCCACUUUGCUGCGGUUGCGAUUACAAAUUUCGCAUUCCAAACCAGGAUGUCGAUAUAUAUCCUUACUAUGCCAUAAGGGAUGGGCAUUGUCUUGACGAGACCUGUCUAAGAUUUAGCGAUUUCUGCAAGCCUAAAAUGAUAGAUGCUUUAGAAGACAAAAGCAUGUCAGGCAAAGGCAUUCCUGCAGUUCAAUAUAAUGAUGCUGUCCCUGCUGGUGUUGAUAAUGAUGAGGCUAAUGAUGAUGUUGAUAAUGAUAUGGAAGUGAGUGGCCGCGAUGAUAACUCAGAGGAUGAUAGUUAUGGCAAAGACGGUACAAGACUGCCACAAAUGGUCGAAAGACAGAGGAACAAAGAAAGGCAAACCGAGAAAUGAAGAAACAACUUGCCAAACAAAAGAACACUGAACAUAACAACUAAUGCACAAAUAUCAAAAUUGAAGUGGAAAACCCGAUGUGCUAGAACAACUUGUUAGACACAAUAAACGUCAUUAAUAUUGGAAAAGUUUGGUUCGAAUUGUUAUUUGUGACAGCAAACCAAUGAGAUGUCUAUAAACAUUAUAAAAGGUGGUGAUGCAUCAUAUCUGAACCAACUUAUUGCUUGAAAUCAUUUCGUGUCUUAAUAUCCAGAAAAGGUCAAAUUGACUUCAAUUUCAAUUUUCAUGACACGGCUUUUAUGUCAAAUAAUGUAAGAUUUAGUUUGUUGUUUGACACAAAAAGGAUAUCUAUUGCGCCAUCACUCUGAGAUGAAAUUAGAAAUGUAUUAAAUGUAUGGUUUAUCAUGGUAUAAAUAUAUCACACUUUGGAUAUAUA